AUGCAAGGCGUUCAACCCCAACAUAAGGGCAGCAAUAGGCAUACUGAGGCCUGGAUACUAGGAACUGGAAUUUCCUCCUUGGCCUCCGCAUUCUACCUCAUCACAAAAACCGAUAUUCGCCCGUGCAAUAUACAUGUUCUGGACCAGCACCCCUCUCUAGAACAGGCGACACAUAACAAUGGCGACUCGUCCAAUGGAUAUGACCAAUUUGCAGCUUGUUUACCUGUACCAGUCGGCUCACCAAUGAGUGAGCUCCUCUCUGCAAUCCCUUCUGGUCAGGGAGAAGGGCAGUCCCUGUUAGACGACAUCCACGUGAUGGAAGCAAAUCGACUUGCUACAAAAGGAAACGACCGAACUCAUUUUCUCGAAUGCGAGAAUGGAUCGAUGCACCGUAUACCUGUCGAGUCCUUAAACUUGGGCUAUAGGCACCGCGUAAAUUUAGCACGCUUUCUACUGCGAAAAGAAAAGUCUCUUGCGAAGAAGCAGAUCCGAGACUUGUUCCCAACCGGCUUUUUUGAGACUGCUUUUUGGGCAGUUUGGUCCGCCCAGUUCAGCUUCCAGCCGUGGCAUUGCGCUGCGGAGUUCAGGCGUGCUAUUCGGCAAUACAUCUUGGGUUUUCGGAGCUUAAGUAUCUUAAGCUGCCUAGAUAUUACCGGUUAUUAUCAGUACGAGGCUAUUUACAUACCAAUAUAUUCUUUCCUUCGACGUUAUGGCGUGGAUGUCCAGUUUGGGACUUUCGUGAAGGAUAUUGAAAUGGUUGGAGACAAUGAUCAACAAACAGUCACCGGAUUACGCCUGAUUCAUGACGGGCGCGAAACAUAUCAAACUAUCAGAAGCCAAGAUAUGGUUAUUGCGAAUCUAGGAUCGACUGUGUCAGGGUCAGCCACAGGGACAAAUGAUAUUGCUCCCUUCUGGGACUCGAUUGAGCUUGAUGAGGCAUUGAACCAAAAUUGGUCGAUAUGGUUGGAUCUCGAAAACAAAAAUCACAGCUUCGGCAACCCUUACAGUUUUUGCAUGCGUCAGUCCGAGUCAAUGUUAGAGUCAUUUACCAUUACUACGAGAGAUACCGAAUUCUUCAAUAUGCUCAGCCAGCGUUCAGAGUGCAAUUCUAACUCUGGGGCCUUCAUAUUUGUAAAAGGCAGCAGUUGGAGGUUGAAUAUCUGCAUUCCAAGUCAGCCGGUUUUCCCGAGCCAGCCCCGAGAUGUCCGCGUUCUCUGGGGCUUCGCACACUCUCCUGACUGCAAAGGAGACUAUGUGAAUAAGACAAUGCUUCAAAGUUCGGGCGCAGAACUAAUGAGGGAAUUGCUUGGACAUCUGAAAGUUCAUCCACAACUGCCAAUGUCACUCACUGUCACCAUACCACGUGCAAUGCCUAGGAUGAGUGCCUUACUGCUCACCAGAGGCUUCAAUGAUCGACCCGAUACAAUACCAAAAGGGGUGUCCAACAUGGGUCUUGUCGGAAAUUUUGUGGAGAUCCCACGGCGCACCUGUGUGGAUGUCAGUUAUGGCAUAUAUUCGGCACGAAUAGCUAUUGCUCGUCUCACAGGCUUACCGCUACCUCCUAUCACUUCGUCUACGUCAACGGUCUCCGCCAUCCUAAAACUCUUGUUUUGGAGAUGA